AUGGUUACAAAAGAAGAGUCAUCAAAAGCAACGAGUAAAGUGGAGACCCCAAAGUCUGCGACUUCAAAGACAGAGCCUUCGAAACCAGAGACUUCUAAGGAUUCUCCAGCAACACCUGUGUCAACUCCAAAAGAGGAGGAGGAGAAAACGAAGAAGACUCAGGAGAGUAAAGAAACAGCUCAAACGACUGAAAGAAGUACGGAAGCGACCAAAAGUGGCACUGAUUUGUCAACCGAAGAACAGAAGGAAACGGAGACUACGGACAAGGACAACUCAAACAAGGAUUCUAACAAAGAUGCCAGCGACAAAGAAAAAGAAAAUUAGA